CGCCCCUCUCGGAUUGCGAGGACGCGGGCGCGCGGCCGCUUUCGGAGGAAUACGGCUUGGUGGGCGGUUUCCCGCGCCGAGCGCAGAGCUGGCCACUGCGCUGCCGCCUCGCUCGCAGCUGCGCCGGGCCGUAGCCGAGCUCCGGGUUCUGGAGUCGCCGCAGCCCGCGCGGCAGGUGAGCCCAGCGCGCUCCGCGGUGCCCUUACGCCACGCACAGGGAGUCGGGGGCGCGGUCAGUUCGCUGCGCCGGGCCCAGGACUGCCGCCGCCUCCCCCAACGCAAAGCGCAGCAGCUGGGUGAAGCCACAGACUCCCUGGUCUUUUGCCUGUUGCCCUCAUGAGAAAAACCAACAUGUGGUUCUUGGAACGACUUCGGGGGUCUGGGGAGAACGGAGCCAGCCGCGGGGUGGGUGGCGAGGCUGGGGACAAAACCUCCAAGGGCCCUUUGUAUAGCAACGUGCUGACUCCGGACAAGAUCCCCGACUUCUUCAUCCCGCCCAAGCUGCCCUCAGGUCCCCCAGAGGCUGAGGGACAGGCGGACCUGGGCCCCUCCACCUCAGAGCAAAACCUGGCUUCACCUGGGCCCCGUCGAGCACCUCGCAGCCCUCGGCUGCCGGUCAAGUUGGCCUCAGAGAGCAGGAACCUGCUGAAGGCUGCCACACGACACGUGAUUCAGAUAGAGAGUGCGGAGGACUGGACAGCAGAGGAAGCCACCAACGCUGACCCCCAGGCACAGGGUGCCAUGUCAUUGCCCUCUGUGCCCAAGGCUCAAACAUCCUAUGGCUUUGCCACACUGGCCGAGAGCCCCCACACCAGGCGCAAGGAGUCCCUUUUCCACAGCGAGCACGGGGCCCUGGCUCAGGUCGGAUCCCCUGGUGCUAGCCGCCGGCGAGCAGGGGCUAAGGCCAAUGGAGGUGAUGGGGGGUCACGGGAGGUUGGGGGUGGCCUGAUGAGCCCUAGCCGCUACUUUAGUGGUGGGGAAAGUGACACAGGUUCCUCUGCUGAGUCGUCCCCCUUCGGGUCCCCUUUGCUGUCUCGCUCUGUAUCGCUGCUCAAGGGCUUUGCCCAGGACAGCCAGGCCAAAGUGAGCCAGCUGAAACAGUCGGUAGGUCGCCAUGGCUCCCUGUCUGCGGAUGACAGUACACCAGACACCAGCCCAGGUGUCCGUCGCCGCUUGACCCGCAGGGCUACCCCGGAGCCAGGCCCGGAGUCUGGCCAGGCACCACGUGGAGAGCACACAGUACGGAUGGGCACCAGGGGCAGCGUGAGGCUGCUGGCCGAGUAUGAGGCUGCUCAGGCCCGCCUGCGUGUGCGCCUGCUGGCGGCCGAGGGCCUGUAUGACCGGCCCUGUGAUGCGCGGAGCAUCAAUUGCUGCGUGGGGCUGUGCCUGGUGCCCGGGAAGCUGCAGAAGCAGCGGAGCACCAUUAUCAAAAACAGCCGCCAUCCCAUCUUCAACGAGGACUUCUUCUUUGACGGCCUGGGGCCAGCCAGUGUGCGUAAGCUGGCCCUCAGAAUCAAGGUGGUCAAUAAGGGUAGCAGCCUCAAGCGGGACACACUCUUGGGGGAGGAGGAACUGCCACUGACCUCCUUGUUGCCUUUUCUGUGAGGUCACCGGUUCCUCCCUUCCAUACUGAGCUCAGCUGAGUGGGGUGGGCGGGGCUUGUGGCCCUGCGUUCCCUGGGUUUCUUAGUAGAUUACUCUUAGAAGAAGAUGGGCUGCCAGGGGAAACGCUGCUCUGCUGACCGGGACCCCUUUCCCCUCCACCUCAGCCCAUCCACAGAGAGUUGUGGGGUUCGUAGCAGUCUCAUGAUCCUGGUACCUAAGGCAGCUGGGACCCAGAGCAGAGAGAGUUCCCUGAGUGUGGAACUUGGUUUUUUUCCUUCUCUGCACGCUGGUGUUUUCCCACGCAGUCUGGUUGCUCAGACGCUCUGAGAACUUUGUGACCUCCCCCGGUCUGUGGGAGGUCGUCCACCCUGGCCAGGCUGGCUCCAGGUAGGCCGAGCCUCCCAAGUUCUGGCACUGAUGUUCUGAUCCAGAGCUACAGGAGGGCUUGGCCUUUAGGCUGGAGCUGGGGAAGACAAGAAAGCCAGAGUGCACAGAGAGCCGAGGGAGGCGGAGGGAGGCGGAGGGAAGCAGUGACUCGGCUGAGGGCUCUUUGGCACAGGCUUCCCUCCACUUCUGCUAACCAACCAGAGUCCCCUGUAACCCAGGAGCUUUUGCCUCAUGCCUGUGGCUCUCUCUCUAUCCUGCAAGCUACAAACCACCUUCCCGGGUGCCCUUGGCAAGUUGCCCUUUGCUCCAGAGUGUAAAUAGGCUACAGCUGAAGUGGGUGGGCUGCUGUGCGUGUGCGUGUGCGUGUGUGUGUGUGUGUGUGCGCGCGCGCGCGUGGGUGUUGGGGGGCGGGGUUCUGGGCUGUGUUUGUGUGUGUCUUUCCUGCACAGGAAAUCUUUGUGGGGUGGGACCCAUGGGUCAGAACAGACUCAGAGUGGACUG